AUGUUUUCCUUAAAAUUUUCAUGGCACUUUAUUCAGUCAAUUAUUAUUUCCGUCUUAAUUGCCGCCUCGAUACUACUGGUGUUUUACACCAAUUCUUUGACUAACCAACAAGUCACUCACUUUCAAGUUCCCUUGUUAACCCCUUCACAACAAAGUGCCGGCGCGGGGGGAUCAUCGGUUGCUUAUUAUUUGUCCAAAUCCUACACCAAUACUUCCAAGCCCAUCUCUAUAACUGUCUAUGAAAAAGAAUCUCAAGUCGGCGGAAGAGUGCAUAUAGUGAACUUUGAGCGAAAUGAUACAAAGAUAUCGAUUGAAUUGGGCGCAUCGAUUUUCGUAGAUCUGAAUUACCAUCUAGUCAACGCAGCCAAGAAGUUUGGAUUGGAGUUUAUGGAAUAUGAGGAAGAGUAUCCUGAUUCGAGGCUUGGGAUAUGGGAUGGGGAAAAUUUCGUAUUCGUGCAAUCCUCAAACUCUCUCUUGGACAAAGUAAAAUUUUUCUGGAAAUAUGGUUGGGCUAAGAUGACGGUUCAAAGAAUGGUGGAUUCUAUGAUCGACAAGUUUCAAAAAACGUACGAAUUUUCCGAACCUUUUUUCAGCGUCGACUCCGAAAUCGAACGGCUCCACGUGGAAAUUGAGACACAGUUUAACGCUCAGUAUUACUUUUCAGAACUAAAAAAUGUGAAUUCACUUUAUUUACAAAACUUUGUAGAGCCGAUGACCAGAGUAAAUUAUGGACAAAACUUGGGGGAGAUACAUGUAAUGGGAGCGUUCAUUAGUUUAGCACCACAAGGUGCCAAAAGUAUUCGGGGAGGAAAUUAUCAAAUUUUUGAAAAUUUCAUCAAACAUUCUGAAGCAAAAAUAAGGUUAGACACGGAGGUGACGAAAAUUACGAAAGUUAUCAAUAUAAAAAAUGAUAAGGAGGUAUUAAAGUAUAAUGUGGAAACGAAAAAUGGCGAGUUGGAUAGUUUUGACGCGAUCGUUUUGGCAACUCCCAUACAAUUUUCAAAGAUCGAAUUUGAAAACAUAAAUGUCGAAAUGAAAGAGAUUCAAUAUGUUACCCUCCAUGUGACACUCAUCGCGGGUCGCGUGAAUCCCGCUUAUUUUGGAUAUGAAAAGAUCGAAGAAGUUCCUCAGCAAAUCGUCACCACAAACAGCGGAAAAACAGAAUUUUUAAGCUUCACCACUGAACUUGUUCUAGAAAAUGGCGAAACUUUGCAUAAGAUUUUCUCGCAUCAGGAGAUGAACGACAAAGUGCUAGAUAGGAUAUUCACGGAACGAUCUUGGAUUUUUAAGAAAGUUUGGAAGUCUUACCCACGAUUAAUACCAAAUCAACCAUUUCCUAGGGUAGAAGUCGAUGAUAAUUUCUUCUAUACCAUGGAAACUGAAUGUGUGUCCGGUGGAAAUAUUGUAAAACUUUUAGUACAACGAUUGUCCGCAGCAUCGCAGGCGUAA